AUGACAUCAAAUUGUAUAUUUUGUAAAAUAGCAUCAGGUAAUGAUGCGUCAACCACUCUACUUUACAAUGACGAAUCGGUGGUAGCAUUCAAGGACAUAUCGCCAGCUGCCGAACAUCAUUUCCUGGUGAUACCCAAGAAGCACAUUAAAAACAUAAAUGAACUCAAGAAAGAUGACAAUGAGUUGGUCAAGAAUAUGAAGGAAACAGGAUUAAAACUUAUUUCCGAAAAGCUUGGUGAAUCACAGUCUUCGAUCACGUCCACGGAAUAUUUGAUUGGAUUCGUUUCGCCUCCAUUCAACUCAGUAGCACAUAUGCACAUGCAUGUGCUCACUAAACCAAUAACAUGUUGGUGGCCAAGAUCCGUGGUAUUUGGACGUUGGAUAUUUAAAAAUGUUGAUGAG